GGCUGUUCUUUGUCUGAUCGUAGUAAAGUCGAUAAAUUUGCACAAGGAAAACAAAUGUCAAGAUUUCGCCUGUGUGAACUGAUUAUUGUGUGAAACAUUUUGAGAUUGAUACCAUUUUGCCUAUGUUUAUGGAAUUAGGGUUACGGAUUGUUUUAUGUUAAAUUGUGGUUUAUUAAAAUCACCGAUUGAAAAGGCUGGUCCCAAAAUAUGUUGAAAAACAAUUGUGACGUCACAAUUCCAAUCAGCUGAGGUGUGUGGAGGGAGGGUUGAAGAAGAUAGUGCAGCAAAACAAACAAGAUGGGUGGUGCAGUGAGCUCAGGGCGUGAUAAUAAUGAGCUGAUUGAUAACUUGAUGGGCAGCAACUACAUCCGCACACGGUCCGUGGAGCGGGUGUUCCGUUCGCUCGACCGGGCGGACUACAUGACGCCCGAGGCUAGGGAUCAAGCGUAUAAAGACCUUGCCUGGCGGAAUGGGCCGCUCCACAUGUCAGCGCCGUGUAUUUACAGUGAGGUGUUAGAAGGACUUGAGCUAAAGCCGGGGCUUUCGUUCCUGAACAUUGGUUCCGGCACUGGUUACUUUAGCACCCUGGUCGGAUUGCUCAUCGGUUCCAGUGGCGUCAACCACGGAAUCGAAGUCCAUCCGUACGUCAUGGAGUACGCCAUCAAGAAACUGGGACAGUUUAUCGAGAACUCCCCUACUUUAGAUGAGUUCGACUUUUGCGAACCUAGAUUUUAUUGUGGUAAUGGCCUGUGCAUCGCCCCACUACAAGCGCCGUACGAUCGUUUGUACUGCGGUGCGGGGUGCCCCGAGGAGUAUCAAAACUACUUCAAACAACUUAUCAAGGUGGGCGGAGUUUUGGUGAUGCCCCUGAAUGACAACCUGGUACAAAUGAAGCGCGUUACGGUAGACCACUGGGUCUCCAGGAACCUGCUCAACGUGUCUUUCGCAACUCUCAGGAUACCUACCAAAGAGGAGGCAUUAGAGCUCAUCAGGCCCGACGAGCAGUGCCCGGCGCGGCUGCAGGUGCUGGCGCGCGCCGUGGUGCGCGGCGGCAUGCGCGCGGCGCUGCUGGCGCGCCACCCGCACCUGCGCGAGCCGCCGCCGCGCCGCCCGCAGCCCGCCAGCUCCUGUCCGCGCCGCAUCUGUAUCCCCAUCGAGGACGACAGCGACGUCGCGGCGCGCGCCGAGCGGCACAUCCGCGCGGAGCGGGCGGCGGCGCGCGCGGCCGUGGCGGCCAACCCGGACGUGUACAACGACACCAUCCUGCCCGAGUAUCUGCCGGAGCCCAAGCCGGUACGCUCGUGCCGCGGCCUGCUCACCUUCGAGUUCCAGGACGAGCGCCGCCCUGUUACUAAUGCCUUCAGACAGGACUCGCCUAGUACUUCUGAAUCUUCGAAGACAGACUCAGAUAGUGCUAAAUCAGAUCCACUUAAAGUCCCAGCUGAGGUAGAAAUAUAUCUGGGAAAAGAAGUUCCCAGCACGUCGCGUUAUGUACAAUGGGAGCGACAGGGUACAGAGCAGAAACAAGAGUCCUCUAGUGAAGAGGACACUUCUCAAGAACAAAAGAGGAAAAAACUGGACAGUGGCAUCGGGGAGGGAACCACCACGUCCAGCAGCUCCUCACCUGCUAAGUCCGAGUCCAUGGACGAAUCGGACGGAGACGCCAUGCAGCCGGAGAUCAUUUGUGAUGAGCUCGAACUCGAGUACGACGAGAAUCUUAUCGGAGGUCGUCGCCGGAUCCCGAAGCGGGGGCACUGCGCACAGUCGUCUACGUCGCCCGAGUACUCGGCCAGCUCCUCCACCACGUCAGGCGAGCACAGUCGCUGCAAGCGCCGCGCGCCCGAGCGCGAGCAGGACGAGCACGAUGACCACGACGAGCACGAGGAGCAAGGCGAGCACGUGAGCGAACGCUGCGACCGGCACGGGCCCGAGCACGACCACGACUACGACCACGACCGCAGCGAGUACGACGACAUGCGGCCGCGGCGCGCAGGCGCGGACGCGCGGCGCGUGCGUCUCUCUAUACUGAUGAAGCGCGGCGUUAAAGAGCUACCGCUGCCGUACGCGCUCAAGAAGUACGUCAACCUGGGCCGAUGCUUCGAGUUCUAAGUACUGGCCCACCACGUCGGAUGCUGUCUCCUACAACAUGGCGCCACACGCGCUGGCAGGCCGGCAGCACUGACGUAGGUACGAUAUAUUUGUUUUGUGAGAAGUUUACAUUUAUCUGUAUUUUAGAGUUUAUAGAACUCCUAUCAUCAAGUUUUCAAAUCUUAAAAUGACUGCCAGAGUACUUAGUGGUGGAUACUCGAGUUUUAUUCAUAUUCUGUAGUUGUUUGGAAUUACAUAUAAGAUUAGACUGUUUCUGGCCAAUGUCAAUCUGUUAUUACUUUCCAAUAAUGUACCCCGAAAUAGGAGUGACGUUUGACUUACACGUAUAUAUUGGACUAUUGGUUUAGUAUAUGACACAUUAAUCAAAUUCACUUAAUUUUAAAAGUCAACAAUUUUUUCUCAAUUAAAACUUAAUAGCUUUUACAAUACAUGUAUACUCUGUAGGUACCUAUAUUUAUGUUAGUUAACUUUGAUGAUUCGCUACUGGUAUUCAUCUGAUACAUAAUAUUGGGAAGCACCAGUUAUAACGAAAUACCCAGAGAUCAUUGACUGUCUAGUUAGGUAUACUUAUAUCACUGUUUACUUGAAAGGUUGUCUUUCAAUCUUGUCAACGAUGCACUAUGGAACUUAAUGAAGUACUGUAAUUACUAUAGCUCAGUAAUCUUCUAUCUAAAGUGAUUAACGUUAUAGGGUCGUGAAUAAACUAAAUAUUGUAAGAUUUAUCUGACCGCAAAUUGAACUCAAGAAUUAUCCUGAGUUAUACGCAAAAAUAUUAUAACUGUAUAACAUUGUAUUUACCAUCAUAAACUGUUAAGAAAUGAUCUAAGAUCUCUUUGAGAGUAACAUUUAAAUUGUAAAUAUUGUUUAUGUAGGCUAAGUUCGGCCAUUUCCAUAGAUCUGGAAUUCUGGAUGUUAUGUCGGACGCUUCGAUUUUCAAAUGGGCCGCCAUUUUGUUGUUCGCGGCCGAGACUGGCAGCCGAGAUAACCACAAGUCGUAUUAUUACCGCCUGUUAAUUCAUAAUUUCGGAGUUUUAGUAAGAUCCGAAUCAAUGCAUAAAUCGUAUGAUUUAAACGAUAUUUGCUUGAGACAAUGUAUCGAUUGCCCUGCCUAAAGCAAUUAUGACAUAUUCCAGUGUACUUAUAUUUUACAAAUAAGUAUAAGUUUUGUUCACUGCGUAUUAAUUAGCUUGGUUGUUUUGUUGCUUAGUGUCAGCCGUGCACAAUAACUAUAGAAUUUAUAAACAAUUUUCUACGCCUAUAUUUGGCGAGUACUGCAGUUAUUGUAGAUUAGUCGAUUAUUAUUAAGACUGUCGAUGCGCUGCCGUUCAAAUGGCGUUAGUAGGAACAAUGUUGCGAGGUCACAUUUAUUGUGUGUUAAUAUUUAAUGUAUAUGCUAAAAGAUCCAUUAAUGUAUUGGGUUCGUACUGAUACACGAGGAAUUGUUUUACACUUGGUGAUUAACUCUAUAAACAAGUGCACUGAUAUUUUGUGUUUAUUCAAUCUCAAUUCGUAAUGAGAAAGUUAUCUUCAAAAUAUUUUAUCACUCAGUACACACUUGAUUUAUGGUUUUAUUCAUGUCGGAGGCUUACCAUGGGAUCUAGUCAGUGUAGGGCCUAUUCGCAUAGCCAGUUGAGGAGGCAGCGCAUAAUGUUGUGUCAUAGUAAAUACUUAACUUUGGUCGGAUAUAUCGCUCUGUGUUAUACGCUCUCACUUGUAUUCGUACUGUGCUCGUAUAAGGUAACAGUCGAUGAGUUACUUGCGUUUCAAGCUUGCCAUGGUGUCAAUAAACUGUCGUUCCAAGAUUAUAAUGAUUUUUAAAUUCGUAUCUUGUAUCUAAACAGUUGACAACAUACAGUAAUAAUAAUAAAGCAAAAUGUAGAAUGUUAUAAAGUUAAACGAAACAUUAUGUGGUCUGUGUACGAUAGAUAAUGGAUCAUUAUUUGCCAUAAUAUAUUGUUUUGUAAUGGACGUUCAUAUGUAUUCUGCAAUACAGACUUAAUAAUAGUUAGCUUUCAUGUAAUACUUAUACCUAAGGUGCUUGUUAUAUUCUGUUCCACAUUUUAUUAGGAAUGUUUAAGCUGAUCUAUGUGUUUAGCAAGUUAUUCUAUUUGCUUCCAGAAUCAAUUUUGCUUUGUAUAUUAGUAUGACAGGUAUCCGAUGACGGUGUGCAUCUUUUUGAAAUUGAUAUGCCUAUAUAUAAUGCCUACUUACAAGUAGUAGUAGGAAAAAGCGUCAUACUCAACCAAAGUUGAGUAUUUAUAUCGACUUGCUGGAGCCAUACUCUACUGUUAGUGAACGAUAUUGUUUGAUUAUAAUCUCAGCAUGCUGCAUGCAUUGUAAUAUUGUUAUUAUGGAGGUAAUGAGUGCACCCAGCUCCAAUCGAAGUAUAAACAAUAUCAUAUUAAGAGUAGGCGAUGACCUCAGUUUUUGGGUAGUUAUGAUAAAUGUUUAUACGAUAUUAAUUUGGUGUACAUAAUAUGUCAUUUGUUUUUGUUGCUAGUAUUAAUAAUUAAAAUGAUUUUAUUAUGA